GGUGGGGCGGGCUCUAGAGGCCGCUCGGGGGCUCCGGCAGCAGCCCGAGGAAGAACCGGGGCUUCUAGCGACUGCACAGCGGCAGCGCACUAGUUCUAUGGCCAGCCUGAAAUCUGCCAGAACUAGAUUCUGAAAACUCUUCUCAUCCUGGAAUUACUCAAUGCUAAAAACGUUCGAGGGAAUAUUAAAGAAUUUGCAAGCACAAUGGAUGGUUUUUAUGAUCAGCAGGUCCCUUUCAUGGUCCCUGGGAAACCUUGCACAGAUGAAUAUCGAGGCAGGCCAAUAAAUGACAGAAAAAGGAAGUUUCAGGACACUGACUUGGCUCAUGAUUCUGAAGAAUUGUUUCAGGAUCUCAGCCAGUUGCAGGAGGCUUGGUUAGCUGAAGCCCAAGUUCCUGAUGAUGAACAGUUUGUCCCAGAUUUCCAGUCCGAUAACUUGGUACUUCAUGGACCGCCCCCAGCUAAGAUCAAGAGGGAACUCCACAGCCCUUCUUCUGAGCUGUCUACCUGUAGCCACGAACAGGUGCUCUGUGCUAAUUAUGGAGAAAAGUGCCUCUACAACUAUUGUGCCUACGACAGGAAGCCCCCUGCUGCGUUCAAGCCAUUAACUCCGCCUGCCACCCCAGCAUCACCUGCGCUCCAAAGCACCUCCCUUCCACCACCGCCUAUGCCAGCAGCACCUGUCCAAACUCCUGCCCAUGCCCCCAGCACAGGCCCUCUGCAGGGAGCGCCCCCUGCACCUGUCCCUCAUGCCCUUCAGGAACCAAGGCAGCAAACCUUCGCUGUUCCCCGGCCGCCUCAUCAACCUAUUCAGAUGCCAAAGAUGAUGCCUGAAAACCAGUAUCCAACAGAACACAGGUUUCAGAGACAGAUGUCUGAACCUUGCCACCCAUAUCCUCAGCCAGGACUUUCUGGGGACAAUCGCCCUGUCUACCACAGGCAGAUGUCGGAGCCUAUUGUUCCAGCAGCUGCCCAUCCUCCUCAGGGAUUCAAGCAGGAAUACCACGACCCGCUCUAUGAUCACGGGGUCCCAGGCAUUCCAGGGCCCCCAAGGCAUGGGUUCCAGUCUCCAAUGGGAAUCAAGCAAGAGCCCCGGGACUACUGCAUUGAUUCAGAAGUGCCUAACUGUCAAUCAGCAUAUGUAAGAGGAGGAGGAGGAGGCUACUUCUCCAACAGCCAUGAUGGAUUCCCCUAUGAGAAAGAUGCCCGGCUCUACUUUGAUGACACCUGUGUUGUACCAGAGAGGAUGGAAGGUAAAGUGAAGCAAGAGCCCACAGUAUACCGUGAAGGACCUCCAUACCAGAGGCGAGGGUCACUCCAGCUGUGGCAGUUCCUCGUCACACUCCUCGACGACCCAGCCAAUGCUCACUUCAUCGCCUGGACAGGCAGAGGCAUGGAGUUCAAGCUGAUUGAGCCAGAAGAGGUAGCUCGUCGGUGGGGGAUCCAGAAGAAUCGUCCGGCAAUGAACUACGACAAGCUUAGCCGUUCUCUUCGCUACUACUAUGAAAAAGGCAUAAUGCAAAAGGUGGCUGGAGAGCGGUAUGUCUACAAGUUUGUUUGUGACCCCGAUGCCCUCUUCUCCAUGGCCUUCCCUGACAAUCAGCGCCCGUUCUUAAAAGCUGAACCAGACUGCCAUGUGAAUGAAGAUGACACCUUACCUCUGACACACUUUGAAGACAACUCCGCAUACCUCCUGGACCUGGAUCACUGCAGCAACCUCCCUUACGCCGAGGGCUUUGCUUACUGACUCACCGGGCAGCUUGAAUGCUGACCUUCAGAGACUCCAGUUCCAAAAAAUAAGGGCAAAAAAAA